ACUAGAUACGCGUCGCGCGGUGAUGACAUCGCCCUGCAGACACGGUAACGGGACAAGAUGUCAAAGACCCAACAGCCGCCGGAUGAGCAGCCGGAGCCGCGACCCAGCUUCCGCCUCACUGUCACCAAGCGGGAGCCGGCGGUGAAGCUGCUCUACCCGGUUACCGGGGUGGAGCCGCUGUCAUGGUCGGAGGAUCACCGGCUGGCGGUGUGCACCGGAAGUAACGUCUCUGUCCUGGAGCAAGUGUGUGACGUCCACAGCAGCGGCCCUGAGCUCUCCCUGCACCGCACCAGUGUGCCCGGCCCGCUCAAGACCUGCGUCCUCCGGGUUGGGCCUCUGAAGGACGUGGAGCAAUGCCGGGCAAAGUUUGCUAGAUCUAAGGACCCCUCUGUCAGCCAGAAGUUCAUGCUGGACAGAGUGUUCAACCCGGAAGGAAAAGCUCUGCCGCCUGUGCAGGGAUACAAGUACGCCUGCUGGUCCCCCACGGGCUGCGACGCUAACGGCAGAAGCCUCUUGGCCAUCCUGACCUUGGACAACCGGCUGACCGUCAAUGCCAAUUUUGACCGUCUUCAGUGGAAACAGCUGGCGGAUCUGACCGACAUGUACGGCGAGCGUCUGGCUGAAAGCAACUAUGUGGUGAGCAAGGAGGACAAGGCUGCGGACCUGGAGGAGUUUGCGGAGUUUGAGCGACGGCACCUUAUGCAGACCCCAGUGAGGAUGGAGUGGUCCAGCAUAUGUACCACCCAAGAGAUCUUGGAAAACAACACCUGCCGGGACGUGGGCACCGUCCUUUUGGCCGUGCUCUUUGAAAAUGGUGACGUUGCAGUGUGGCAGUUUCAACUGCCCAUAAAGGACCGCUCCUCCAUUAUCUCCUGCAACACCAUCUCCUCCAGAAUCGAGUCCCCCAGCGUCCUGGCCUGGUGGGAAUACGAGCACAGCAGCCGUAAAAUGAGCGGGCUGAUCAUCGGUAGCGCCCUGGGUCCCAUCAAAAUCAUCCCGGUGAACCUGAAGGCUGUGAAGGGGUAUUUCACUUUACGGCAGCCCGUGGUUCUCUGGCAAGAGACUGACCGCCUGCCGGUGCACAGCAUCAAGUGCAUAGCGCUGCACCACCCCUACCAGAAGUGCAGCUGCUCCCUGGUGGUGGCGGCGCGGGGGUCCUACGUCUUCUGGUGCCUACUGUUAAUAUCCAAGGCCGGCCUCAACGUUCACAACUCCCACGUGACUGGGCUCCACUCCUUGCCUAUUGUCUCCAUGGCUGUGGACCGGCAGAACGGCACCAUUUACACCUGCUCUACGGACGGCAAGGUCCAACAGCUCAUCCCCAUCUUCACCAACGUGGCUCUGAAGUUCGAGCACCAGCUCAUCACGUUGUCGGACCUGUUCGGCGUCGUGAAGUCUUACGGCAUCGCCGUCAGCCCCUGCGGCGCCUACCUGGCCAGCGUCACGUCGGAAGGUUUGAACAAUGGCAUCCAUCCGGUCAACAGGAACUUUCAGGUCCACUUCGUGGCCCUCAAGACGUUUGAGGAAGCGGCAGCUCAGCUUCUGGAGAGCGCCGGCCAGAACCUUUUCCGGCAGAUGGAUCUAACGGACCUGUUGCGGUGGAAGAUCCUGAAAGAUAAGAUCAUCCCCCAGUUUUUGACGGACGCUUUGGACCAGAAGAUGGAGGAUGGACCCCUGUACUUCUGGAGGUUCCGUCUCUUCCUUCUCAGAAUUUGGCACCAGUCGUUCAAGAAGACUUCUUCGGAGGUGUUGGUGAGGACGCAUCCCAAGGAGUCAAAAGUGUCAAAGCCUGAGGAGGGCUUUGUAGAGACCAGUAUGGCUGAGGAGCAGGAAGGGCAGGUGAGUCAGGGUAGCCCCAAUAAGACACUGAGAGACUCGGCAGGGCCUGAUGGGGAUUGUACUCCGGCAGAAGAAGGCUUCCAGGAGAUCCAGCAGAAGAUCGAUGCUUUGGAGGCACAUCUAACCCGGGCACACAUGAAGCACGUGUUGGGGGAGGUGUAUCUGCACACGGGGAUCACGGAGUAUACGAGCAUCCCUACACGAGGUGUCUGCGCCUAUCUCAUGGCCAACAGGGACCUGGCGGACCGGACGGCACAGGUCCUCAUCGGACACGUGGAGAAGAAGAUGAACAAGCAGACGUUCCCCGAGUACUGCAGCUUGUGUAAAGAGGUUUUACCCUUCACAGACAGUAAGAAGGCACUCUGCCCGAACGGACAUCUAUGGCCGAGGUGUUUCUUGACCUAUCAGGCCUGUCAGACCCUGGAGUAUCGCAGGUGCUUACUCCAUGACAGUAUCGCGAGGCGCCCCGUCCCUGAAGACUUGGAAUGGAUUAAGAGGUUGCUUAAAGGACCCUGCACACUUUGCGAUUCUCCAGUUUUUUAGCACUUUCCGUGUUUUUUUUCUUUUUAUGCCAAUGACCCGGCCCCUCCCCCCCCUCGUAUUGUGACGUUAUUGUAGUGCGGAUGGUAAAAACCUCUACUAAGGCCAUCCAGCCUCCUCCAUCGUUCUUCUCCGCAACCGACGGCCAGGACGGCCGCCAUCUUUCAGUUUUCACGUUCUUGAGGCUGGAAAGAAGGGAUUUAUGUUUCUGAGGAGCAGCCUGACUGCGUCACUGGUUAAAGCAGCACAGAGCGUUUCAGAAGAGGAGUUUGUCCGCUCAUGAUUCCAGUGAGGACGGGGCGAUGGGUGGUAGAGGCCAUGCCAUAAUGGGAGGAAGGUGACCGCACAAUAAAUAGACAGCCCAGAGACCACCGGCUGCACCCCCACUACCGCCCCCAUCAUGUCUUUGUGCUAAAAGGAUGUUUUAUUUAUUGGACAACUUGACCGGAAGUAGUCCGCUGCAGGACGGUCACAUGACCAGGUUGGCGGUUUUCAUAAUCUCUGGGGAGCACUGUUAAUUUUGGGGUGGAAGGUGAGAGAUCAUGGGCUGGGGUCCCCUAAAGAGGGCAGUAAAAACGUGUGCCAGCUUGUUUGUGUGCCAAGGGUGCAGCAGUCGGGGCUUAGCGUUGUAUAAGAUGCAUCUUAAAGGGAUAUUCCGAUGUUAUAAAGUGGUGGCAUGUCCGACCUCUGAGAAAGCAGGGACCACAGCGCUGCCCUUUCCCGUUUUUUCCCCCGGCGCCCCAUCGUCUGCAGGGACCACUGUCGGGUGAGGGACCGCACUGCUCAUUCUAAAGAUCGGGGGGUCCAAGAUCCUUACAGAUUAAAAAGUAUCCUAACAACACGCCUUUGCUUUAUAAGAAGAGAAUACCCCUUUAACUUGUGACUGCUGCUCUCCAACUUUUACAAAAGUAUAGGAAGGUCCUCCCAGAAGACACCCAUGGGUCCCUGAUAGGUGUGGACCUUCUGGGUGGGCACUUUUGCUAAAUAAGUAUUUUUUUCAGCUGGAGUAUCACCUUGAAGGGCAUCUGUCAGCAGUUUUGUCCCUAUGACACCGGCUGACCUGUUACAUGUGCGCUUGGCAGCUGAAGGCAUCUGUGUUGGUCCCAUGUUCACAUGUGGCCGUAUUGCUGAGUAAAAU